AUGAAUGACUACCCCAUAUACCCGGACGCCUCCGACCACCCAGCCACCCCGCAGACCAUCGACCCUUCCUCCAGCACAAACUUCUCUGCCCCGACGCCCUCCAUCACGGCGACCUCCUUCUCGACUCCCGCCCUCACGCCCACCGACACCGUCAACCUGUCACAAGCUCGAAACCCGCCGACUGAAUCUCUCCAUCCUCCUCCGGAACAAUCCCAGCAGCAGCACCCGUCGGCCCUUGCCCGAGCCGGAUCCCAGGUGCUUGGACGAAGACGCAGGCAGUCUUCGGAUUACGAGGACGACGACCAGGAUUCCGACCACCGCCGAGACUCGGACGCUGCUUCGGGCCCCUCUGCCCCCAUAGGAUCGGUAUCAGAGCGGCGCUUUGGGAAGCGCAGACGACGCGACAGCAUGCUGGCGGACGGUGAUGGAACCUUAAACUCGAACGGCGCCUCCCGCAACGGCUCAAAGAGCCUAGCCAGGGGCGACGGGCACUCGAAUGGCGCCCGCAAGGAGGUCGUCGGCGGCGGGGCGGCGUUGUCACAGAACGGGAAGGAGGUCGCCAGGUCGCCCCGCGGUGGCACGUAUUUUGGUCAUGAUCGGGAGGAGGUCACGCGCAUACUGAUCCAGGCGCUUGAAGACAUGGGCUAUCACGAUGCGGCCGAGAGCGUGGGCCGAGACAGCGGCUACAGUCUCGAGGGCCAAACCGUGGCUGAGUUCCGUUCUGCCGUGCUCCGGGGGUCGUGGUCCGAGGCCGAGGAGCUACUGUUUGGCGCCGCGACGGCUACAUCGUCCGGCGGAAACGGCCAACCAACCCACCAAGGGAACGGCCUUGUCCUGGCGCCUGGCGCGGACAGGAACGUCAUGCGGUUCUGGCUGAGGCAACAAAAGUUUCUGGAGCUCCUGGAGCAGCGGGAAACGGGACGCGCGCUAAUGGUCCUGCGUAAUGAGCUCACGCCGCUGUACCAGGACACUUCCAAGCUCCACUUUCUCUCCAGCCUUCUCAUGUGCCAAUCACCCGAGGACCUGAAGCUCAAAGCCGAGUGGGAUGGCGCCCGUGGUCACUCGAGGGAGAUUCUGCUCACCGAGCUUUCCCACUGCAUCUCACCCGCCGUCAUGCUGCCCGAACACCGCCUUGCGGUUUUGUUGCAGCAGGUAAAGGACGGUCAGAUACUGAACUGUCUGUACCACACGACGGCCACCUCGCCCACGUUGUACUCGGACCACUAUUGUGAGAAGUCUCGAUUCCCGACCGAGGUGGUAAGGGAACUUGACCGGACGCCCGGCGAAAUAUGGCAACUCCGCUUCUCGCACGACGGGACACAGCUGGCGAGCUCAGGGUCUGACAGCUCCGUCGUUUUCUGGGACAUCUCGACAUUUGAGGUGCGACUCAAGCUGGAGGGUCACGACACUGGCGUGGGGGACUUCGCAUGGAGCCCGGACGAUACCAUGAUGGUUACAUGUGGAAGGGACGACUUUGCCCGUAUAUGGGACACACAAACCGGGUUACUUAUCAAGACGCUACCCAAGUUCAGCGAACCAGUGAGCAGUUGUGUCUGGUCCGCCGACGGCCAAACGAUGAUAAUCGGGUCCUUCGAUAAGGAGCGGCCUCUUUGCCAAUGGAACCUCGAGGGCGAAUGCGUCUACACGUACACGCGCAAACACCGGACCGAAGACUUGGUCAUGUCGAUGGAUGGACACUGGCUCGUGGCCAAGGCCCCAGAGCACAAGAUCUACAUAUACAACAUGCUAACUCGGGAGGCCGAGUACGAGUGGGAGUUCAAGGUCCAGCCGACGUCAAUCAGCAUCAGCCAGGACUCGCGGCUCCUGCUCGUGACCAACCGGGAGGGUGUGGUGCAGCUGUACGACCUGAUAUCCCGGGGCAGUCCUGUGCGGAGGUACACAGGAUGCACCAGCGGCAAUUACAUCAUUCGGAACGGCUUCGGCGGUGCCAAUGAGAGCUUCGUGAUUAGUGGGAGUGAAGACGGAAAGCUGGCCAUCUGGCACAAGGCGACGGGCCAUCUAGUCUCCAAGCUGGAGGCUCACUUGCCACGCUGCAAUGCUGUGUGUUGGAACCCAGCAGAUCCAUGCAUGUUCGCCUCGGGCGGCGAUGAUGGGAAGAUCAAGAUCUGGUCAAACUCGGACCACCGGUGCAGUAUGCGCUACGUGCCCAAGCUAGCCGCUUCAUCCAAUGGUGCUUCCCGCGACCCUGCUUGA